UAUAACUGGAUUUUUUCCCUCCUCCAACCAUCUUCUUUUGCCUCUCACGUCUCUCGCUUUUUCUCUACGCUCAACAUCCAUCUGCUAUCUAUCAUCUCUGUCGUUAUUCAUUCAUCAUCUUUGUGCAAUCCCAAGCUCAUCAAUCAACAUGAAGAACGUCUUUGCUUCUUUGGCCGUCUUCGGCUUGGCCGUCGUGAGCCCCGUUGUUGCGCAGUCGUCCGCGUGCACUGAGUACAAGGAUGGCCAGCCCCAAUGCUCCGCCGUGACCGCCGCCCCGACUCCGACUCCGUCCGCAGCCUGCACCGAGUACAAGGACGGCCAGCCCCAAUGCUCCGCCGUGACUGCGGCCCCCCCGGCCCCGGCCUGCACCGAGUACAAGGACGGCCAGCCGCAAUGCUCCGCCGUGACUGCUGCCCCAGUCUGCUCCGAGUACAGCGACGGCCAGCCGCAAUGCGCCACUGCCACUCCCGCACCCGUCGUGACCUCCGCUCCCGGCCCGGUCUGCUCGGAGUACUCUGACGGCCAGCCGCAAUGCUCCACCGCCUCGCCUCCCGUCUCUCCCCCGGCCCCCGUCUGCUCUGAGUACUCCGACGGCCAGCCGCAGUGCGCCACCGCCACCCCAUCCGCGCCCGUCUGCACCGAGUACGUCGACGGCCAGCCUCAAUGCCCCACCGCCCCGGCCACCGGCACCCUCGCCGUUGCCUCUUCGACCUACACUGGCGCGCCCAUCGCCACCGGUGCUGCCGCCGGCAUGGCCCCUGCUGCCCCGGCUGCUCUUGCCGCCGCUCUCGGCCUCCUCGCCCUCUUGUAAAUGUCGGAUGGGACUCGCUUCUUGGACCGGCGGUCUUCCACUCGUGGUGCAUCGUCGAGUCGUAAUCUGGACAAGUAAUCUCAAAGGAAGGAAAAGAAAGGGAAGCAGAGAAGAAUGGAAUGGGCGCGUGUUGCCGCCGUGCGAGAGGGGUUGGUCAUGCUUUCACGCUGCGAUGAUUUUGAGCUGGGUAUGAAACAAAAAUAAUGUGUACGACGACGCGCUCGAAAAUCAGCAUACUUAGCUAAAUAUGAUCGAAACAUAUUGCUGUCUUUUCCUGAG